AGCGUGCACAUCACACGCCUUCCUUCUUCUCCGUUCCAACACGUUUCCCGUUCUUUGCCAUUGCUCCUUCGCCGGCGUCAAUGGCCGCCUCAUUAUCCAAAAUCACCAUCCUCAGACUUCAAUGCUCACACCACUCAUCCAAAACUACACUAAACCACACAAUCACCGAUCAUCCAUCGCCGCCGCCGCUCAACGCCGCCAGCUGGCUCCAUCGCCGCCCCGCACGCUUCCCCCGCUUCCAACACCAUCACCGGAAACCUAACCACUCGGAGCCUCCAACUGCACCGUCUUCCCUCCAGCAACUCCGCCUGGUCCGCUGGUACCUCCAAUCGAUCAAAUCACGCCCGAUCGCCACCAAAAGCGCCACCGCCGCCCUCAUCUACACCGCCGCCGAUAUCACCUCCCAGACGAUUGUGGGGGGAAUCGAGCAACGGUAUGAAUUGGUGAGAACUCUGCGCAUGGGCGGUUACGGCAUGGUGAUAUUGGGGCCGUCGCUGCAUUACUGGUACAAUCUGAUGUCGGCGGUUUUCCCGAAGCACGAUGUGUUAUCGACGCUGAAGAAGAUCGGUUUGGGGCAGGCUGUGUACGGACCUGCCAUGACUGUUGUCUUCUUCUCUGUGAACGCUGCUCUUCAAGGUGAAAAUGCUGGGGAGAUUGUUGCUAGAUUGAGACGAGAUUUGGUUCCUACGAUGAUGAAUGGGGUAAUGUAUUGGCCGGUUUGCGACUUCGUCACCUUCAAAUUCAUCCCUGUUCAUUUACAGCCAUUGGUGGUCAACUCCUUCUCCUACCUAUGGACUAUUUACAUGACUUACAUGGCAAGCCUAAACAAAGCCAGCGGCGUACAAUAGCCUGCAAAUCACACAUGGCCGAUAGCGACAACCAAUGAUUUUAAGUCUUGUGCAAAAGUGAUCGUGAUAAUGACAAAAGUGAUCUAAAAUUCCAAUAGUGGAGGGUAUUUUUUUUAUUUAUGAUUGUAGACUUGUAAUUGUAGGUAGUUGUAUUUAUGAUUUGUUGUAUUUAGUAAUGUAACUACUUUUUUUUGGAUAUAAAUUUGUAAUGGUGAAAUUGGUUCUAAAUCUUGAAUGAAUAACAACAGCACAAAUGGAGGCUUUUUUCAUUA